CGCCGCGGCCUGUGCCACCGUCGAAGGUAAGAGUGGAAUCGCUUAGGACAUUUCUGUGUUAUUUAUAACAUAUUUUCCCUACAAAUCAAUCCACCGGGUCCAAAAAUCGUUGCUCUCUCUCGAAGGUUGACAGAGAAGAGAACAGGCUUUAUAAGGGUAAAGAACUGAGGAAAGUUCAGCCCAUGAUAAUCUGAUAUCCAACUGCAUGAGGAAGACCAUGGCGCGGCUUCACCUUUAUUUCUAGUUCUUUUGGUUCUUGGCUCUUUCUUUGCAACUUAUAAUUUGGUAACAAUGAUAACUCGCUACACAUCUUCCACAAACUUGACAGUUGACGAAAUUGAUGUUAAAUUAUCAUUUGACCCCAUUGUUGAGAUGCCUGAGACUGUAAAGAAUCAGAAGAGACCAAAAGCACUGUUUCAUGUAGCCUUAACAGCUACUGAUGCAACAUACAAUAAAUGGCAAUGCCGCAUCAUGUACUACUGGUAUAAAAAGAAAAAGACCUUGCCUGGUUCAGAGAUGGGAGGAUUCACUAGAAUUCUACAUUCAGGAAAUCCAGACAACUUGAUGGAUGAAAUUCCUACUGUUGUGGUUAAUCCUCUUCCUCCAGGGUUGGACCGGGGAUACAUAGUUCUGAACAGACCAUGGGCCUUUGUGCAAUGGCUAGAGAAAGCAACAAUAGAGGAAGAAUAUGUUUUGAUGGCAGAACCUGAUCACAUUUUUGUAAAUCCUCUUCCAAAUUUGGCUUAUGGGGAACAUCCAGCUGCUUUUCCAUUUUUUUAUAUCAGACCAGAACAAAAUGAGAAAAUAGUAAGGAAGUUUUAUCCUGAGGAAAAUGGACCUGUCACAAAUGUUGAUCCAAUUGGCAAUUCUCCUGUAAUCAUAAGAAAGGACUUGCUUUCAAAGAUUGCUCCAACAUGGAUGAAUAUUUCUAUGAAGAUGAAAGAGGACCCAGAGACUGAUAAAGCUUUUGGAUGGGUGCUAGAAAUGUAUGGUUAUGCUAUAGCAUCAGCUCUCCAUGGCGUUCGACAUAUUUUGCGGAAAGACUUAAUGCUACAGCCUCCAUGGGAUCUUGAAACUCAUAAUAAGUUUAUCAUUCAUUAUACAUAUGGAUGUGAUUACAAUUUAAAGGGUGAGUUGACAUAUGGUAAAAUUGGUGAGUGGAGAUUUGACAAAAGGUCACAUCUACGCGGACCUCCCCCAAGAAACCUGCCCUUACCCCCACCAGGGGUUCCUGAAAGUGUGGUAACACUUGUAAAGAUGGUGAACGAGGCCUCUGCUAACAUCCCCAAUUGGGACACACUCUAAAUCCAGGCUCAGUCUAUCACCAUAAGCAGAGUUUCUGUUCUGAGAAUUAGAAGUAAAAAGCAUAGAGGAUCAAUAUCUGGUGGAAGGCAGCUUUAUAUUCCUUAAAAUUGCCCCCUGAUAUUCGGUAAAAUGACAGUUUGGCUUCUAAAUUACUUGGCUGCAAUGACAAAAAAAUUUGCACGUCUAUGAGUUAGCCCUGAAAGUAGUAAACUUGUUGAACAUUAGUAUCUUUUACAAUUUUUGAAUUACUUUGGUGAAAAGACUAGCGUGCAACAAGUUCUUUACAGAGGCUAACUUGUACCUUUUAAGGCCAAAUUGUUAGUUUAAUUGUUCACAUGUCAUGCUCAUAUUUGUCUUGUAUGUAUAGAUUUUGUCCCGAACAUGUCAUUUGUGAAGUGUUGAGGGAAGUAGAACUAGCAUUUGAUUUGAAAUUUGGCUCUAGUUAAUUAUGCUGUGUCAAGAAAAAAGUUUUAUAAUGCACUUGGUGCACAUUACGUCAUCAAUAUGGUGGCUAAUAAAAUAGUAUUAAAAUAGAUAAUCUGGUCUCA